GAUAUUGUUUGUCGAUGGUGAAAGUGAGAUUGAACUUGUUUCUGAGUACACUUGUAAAGAUAUCACUAGAUUUUUGAGUAAUUUAAAUAAUUUGACUUAUAUAAACAAAACGCUGCUGAUAACGACGAUACAAUAAUUCCCUUCGGGAAUUAUAACAGACGACCGGGUAUAUCUUCGCUCGCGAAAGAUACACUCGUGAAUUUUUUACUGCUGGUUAUACCAGCUUAUGACAAAGAAUAUCUCGACACGUUAAACCUGACAAUGCGAAGUAUUGUCAUUCAUCUUCGGGGAUCUCUGUAAAAACGAAAGUAAAACAUUAGGAAAGUAACAAGUGGUACCUAAGCAACGGAAAGCGUCGUAAUAGAUCUUGAAAGUGACAAAUAAGAGAGGAAGAAAAGGACGGAAAGAUAUUUGUUGUGUGCGAAUGAAGUCAAAUACAUGUGUAAAGAUGAGUAUAAACCAUGAUUGGGACGUAGAGAAACACAAAACGGAACACGAAUGCGACGAACACUGGGAAUUGAGGCGUAAAUUUCUGCUGGCUCAUAAGAAGAGAUUUUCAGAGGACGAACUCGUUUGUUUGGCUCAAGUGUUCUGUAACGUUGAACUGUUGGGAUGCAGAUAUCCAAAAGAAACGAUGGAUUUAGUAGCCGAGUUAUCUGAAGAAAUCGCGGCUGAAUACAGGGAGAAGCAAAAGACAAAAUUACAAAGAACAUUUGUAAAAGCUUCAGAAGCAGCUAGCUCAAAGGUUAAAGGAUAUACCGCUCAAACAUCUCCUGUCACAGAAAAACCCAUUGAAACUGUAUCAAACACAACCAACGUAAAAUUAGAAUCUGAGACUAAGAUGACUAAAGCGACGAGAAAUAAACGCAAAAAGGAAGUGUCCCAGUGCCGUGGUAACACCAGUGACACGGAAUCUUUACCUGAGAAAAAAUUUAAAAAUACAGAUCUUCCAUAUGGAGAUAUCGUUCUGGUGGAAAAAUCAGAUGAUAUACCACAAAGCAUAUUGUCCUAUUCAGUUAAUAUAUCAGGAAAUCAUCUGGAAUGGAAAUGCACUCAGAAAGACCAAUCAUACGAUUGCACGGUCUAUAUCAAUUCAACGCCAGUAGCAUGCGCAUCCGGUAGUGGUCGAAAAAAUGCUAAAAAAAAAGUUGCCGUUAUUGCAUUAGACGAAUUACGAAAACAUUACUAUACUAUUAAGAUCAAGGAAAAUUUAAGUGCACAAAGAAAUGUAAAGAACGUAAAUGUAACGACGAUAGAGAAGACCAAGUUACAAGAUAAUAUUCCCGACGACAAUGUUGGAAAGAAGUUGUUGAAAUUAAUGGGCUGGAGCGGUGGCGGUCUUGGAAAAUCUCAGCAGGGCAUCAAGGAACCUGUGAUGCUCAAACAACAGCUGAGCCGGAAAGGUUUGGGUCUGAAAUCAAGUACAUCUACCUCUAAACCAGCACUAUUACGGGAGUUGAAAGCCAAAUGCAAGGAAGCUUUUAAGGAACUGCUAAUGGGCGAUACGGAAAAUGAUAUAGUAUUCUCUACGGAUUUUACCAAUGAUGAAAGAGCAAUGAUCCAUCAAGUCGCGCGGUCCAUGGGUCUCAAAUCGCGCAGCUACGGCCCCUCGGAUCAACGGAGAUUGGUGAUAUCACGCAAGAUCGAUAUCCGUAGCUUAGUCGAGGAACUGAAAGGCCUCGGUGGAAUUACCGAGAAAUACGAGCUGAUAGGACCGACCACGUAAAUGAGGAGAGAUUAGUUUCACCAAGGCACCUGUAAAUUUCUUUUGUACAUAAGCGUCCCGUAACAUUAAAAUCAUACACACACACAUACUGUAGAAGUUUAUCGUCUGUCUGGACAAAUAAAUGGGCUUUUCAUGUGUUUUAUAAUA